CAAAAUACAUGCCCACCAGAUAAACACUUGAGCAUCCAAUGAGGACUGCUCAGACACACAAACGCUUUGCCUGAGACUUUCCAGAGGUUCUAACACUCUGGCAGCAAGCAAACGCAUCAGGAAUACCAGAGCUAGGAGAAACAUACCAGGCGUGCUUCCACUUUCCCUUGAUCUAUAGCUUAUACAGAACUUGCACCAUAACAUAAGAUAUAACACACAUAAACACGCACGCAAGUUCUAGUGUAUAAAUGCUUUAAACGGGAUAUAUGUACUAAAGAUCAAGGGCCAUUGCUCUGUUAUUGCUAGGCUGAGAUGGGAGGUGCCAAAGCAGAGCUGGUUCGAGGUGUCUUCUUCAAAACUCGUUCUGGCAAAGCUCGUGAUGGCCGUGGAAGAAGCAAUGCAGUGGAAAAGAAAGGAUGGAGCUCAGUCAAGUCAUAUUUGUGUGGUGAUGAAUGUGCUUCGGUCCUGGGAGAAAACGAUUCAGCUUCAUUCGGACAGCUUGAGAUCAGCUCAGUUGUCGCCGAGGAGAAUUCAGCUCAGACAACCAGACUAUGUCAAAUUCAUUCAGACUUUACAGAGGAAGAUACAGCUUCCUUCAAGAGUUCCGAAGCCACUGUAACUCAACCCAUCAUACGAGAAAUCCCAGACAAAAGCGAUAAAAAGAACAUUUUGAACAAUCAAGAACUUUGGGGAGUGAAGCAAAACUCAGCCUAUCAGCUCUUUCAGCAAGAAGAUGCUGCCAUGACCAUUCAGUCAGCAUUCAGAAAUUAUCUGGCCAGGCGUUCCUCUCGGAUGAAGGUGAAUGAUGGAAAGCAAGAGAUCAUUGUGGACACAGCAAUUCCAAGCCCAGAGUCUCUAAGCUCAUCAAUAAAAGUUCAAACAGGUGAUUCAACAGGCACAUCUGUAGUUGAUGUUGAAAGCAUUAGCCUCAACCAGCCAAUGCAAAAGCGUGUAAGAGUCCAAGCGGCAAAGCUGCAGGAAGAUUGGGAUGAUAGCACAGUAAGUAGUACCAUAUCAAAAAUGAGGAUUCAGAAAAGAAUAGAGGCGGCAACAAGGCGUGAGAGAGCUCUUGCAUAUGCUUUUGCACAACAGUUAAGAGUAUGUGCAAAGAAGAAAUGUACCAAAUCCAAUAGCUUGGAUGCCAAUAUGAGCUGGAGCUGGCUAGAAAGAUGGAUGGCAACCCGCCAGCCAGAAAGUUCUUUGGUUAGUAACAAUGCAUGCAAGAGGACCAAGUUGGGUAGCUGCACAUCACUGUCCAAAAAAUUAAUGGAUGCAACAGCCGAAGAGGAAAGCUGUGGAUCUAAUGAGGUUUCUGCACACAUUGAUGGAAUAUUGGUAGCUGGUCAAAGAACACAGGAUCGUAUUAGGCCUGCCAAGAUUAAAAGCCGUAAGGAAUAUCGCAAAGAAACAACUCGUUUCAAGCAGGCAGUGUGUAAAAGAGGCAAAGGCAAGCAAGAAAGAUUUUCUGGCAGAUGAUGAAAAAGAACAUGAAAACAAAUUCAAGCAGUCAGGGCAAUAAAAAGAACUGAAAUGUCAGCUUAUCUUAAGUAUCCUCUGAUCUUGCAAGGUGCAACAACUACUGUCAACAUACUUUGUGCGCUCUAGACCCCAUUACCCAGUCCAUAAAAUAGAAAAGAAAACAAAUUGUUGACAGGGAUUUUCUUAGUUUACUGUGCAACUUCCAGUUUGCUGCUCUUGGAAGGCAAAAUGUAAACUACAGAAGCUUGUGCAACAAAAAGAAACCAUUUGCCAGUUUGUUCAA